GGUGCUUGCAGCCCCCGCCACACCGCUCGGGCGGGGUGCUGGUUUGCUAGCGAGUGUGAAACCGCGUGUUAAUGUAAGCGGCGCAAGAGGCGCGGGCGGCGGCAGGAGCAGCGGCGGGGACCCCGCGUCCCGGGGCAGGAGCCGGGACUCGCCUUCGACGUGGCCCUCUGUGGAGGGAGGCAGAGCGGCAGCGUGCUCUCCGUCGCGCGGACGUUUGCCUCCGGGUCGUGAGAGAACUUUGCGCCGGCUGGAGCUGGUCAGCCCUUUGCUUAGAGCCGAGGAGGGGAAGGCAAGCGCUAGGAGUGUUAGAGCCGCGGAGAGCGCCCGGAGGCCUGAUGCCCGGGGCAGGGGCGCGGCGGGCGGCCGAAGAGCUGCACCGCGAGCAGUAGCCGUGGACUGGAGGGAGAGCGCAUACUGGCGUGACCCUGCCUGGACCCUGCUUGGGCUCCGCAGCUUCAAGCCGCACCGGAGACUCUGCAACGCCGGUCGACGAGCCGGGGGUAACCCGGAGCACACCGUCGUGGGAGCGGGUGACCUCCCGACCCGAGAAGCGGCACUCGCCUCUGGCUGUCUACGUGGGUUUUAGCCAAGGCGCCACCUGCACAGCCGCCGACGCAGGGAGGAGACACACAGCCCCCCUGCAUCCGUGAGCCACCGAAGGGAGCGCACCCGGGGCACCGGGUGGAGGGCCGCCGUAGGUCCGGGCGCCCCCGCUGCUCAGACUCCCAGGCGCGGGGCCGAGCCGCCCGCAAUGUGGCCCUGAGGGCGGGGGCCGCACCCGUCGCGCCCUGGCCUUGCAUCCCGAGCGCCCCGUGCGCCGGCCUGCUGCGCUGCUUCGCGUUCCUCGGUGGAAUUCAAGUUGGAAGUGGCGCGGAGGAUAGAGCUAUCCCGGAACAGAGCCGCGGCUGCUGCCAGAGCGAUGUUCCCUCAGAGCCGGCACCCAACGCCGCACCAGGCUGCAGGCCAGCCCUUUAAGUUCACUAUCCCGGAGUCCCUGGACCGGAUUAAAGAGGAAUUCCAGUUCCUGCAGGCGCAGUAUCACAGUCUUAAAUUGGAGUGUGAGAAAUUGGCAAGUGAAAAGACAGAAAUGCAGAGACACUACGUGAUGUAUUAUGAAAUGUCAUACGGAUUAAACAUUGAAAUGCAUAAACAGACCGAAAUCGCCAAGAGAUUGAAUACCAUUUGUGCACAAGUCAUCCCAUUUCUGUCUCAGGAACAUCAACAACAGGUGGCCCAGGCUGUCGAACGUGCCAAACAGGUGACCAUGGCAGAGUUGAAUGCCAUCAUCGGGGUACGUGGCCUACCAGGUCUACCUCCUACACAGCAGCAGUUGCAAGCUCAGCAUCUCUCCCAUGGCCAUGGACCCCCAGUACCUCUCACGCCUCACCCUUCAGGACUUCAGCCUCCUGGCAUCCCGCCCCUUGGGGGCAGUGCCAGCCUUCUUGCGCUGUCUAGUGCUCUGAGUGGGCAGUCUCACUUGGCAAUAAAAGAUGACAAGAAGCACCAUGAUGCAGAGCGCCACAGAGACAGAGAGCCGGGCACGAGUAAUUCCCUCUUGGUCCCAGACAGCCUAAGAGGCACAGAUAAACGCAGAAAUGGUCCAGAGUUUUCCAGUGACAUCAAAAAACGGAAGGUGGAUGAUAAGGAUAAUUAUGACAGUGAUGGGGACAAGAGUGACGACAACUUAGUUGUGGAUGUGUCUAAUGAGGACCCUUCUUCUCCACAUGCAAGCCCCACACACUCACCCCGGGAAAACGGAAUUGACAAAAACCGUCUGUUGAAGAAAGAUGCUUCAGGUAGCCCGGCAUCCACAGCCUCCUCUGGAAGUUCCUCAUCCCUGAAAUCCAAAGAAGUGAACCUGCAUGAAAAAGCCAACACGCCUGUUCUGAAAUCCAGCACACCAACGCCUCGGAGUGACAUGCCAACCCCGGGCACCAGCGCUACGCCAGGCCUCCGUCCAGGUCUCGGCAAGCCUCCAGCCAUGGAGCCCCUUGUCAACCAAGCAGGAUUUGGUUUUCAUUUGGAAUUGGUACCAGGGAGUGGAAAGUUCGGACUCAAGGAGAAAUCUUGGAUUUUAUCCAGAAAAUCUUCUUUUGAGAUUAAGUCAGCAGCUGGCCUGAGGACGCCCCUGGCAGUGCCUGGCCCAUACCCUGCCCCCUUUGGCAUGGUGCCCCAUGCAGGCAUGAACGGAGAGCUGACCAGCCCUGGCGCUGCCUAUGCAGGUCUACACAGCAUGUCUCCACAGAUGAGCGCUGCAGCUGCUGCAGCUGCUGCUGCUGUGGUGGCCUAUGGGCGCUCCCCAAUGGUUGGUUUUGAUCCUCCUCCUCACAUGAGAGUACCUUCUAUCCCUCCCAACCUGGCAGGAAUACCUGGCGGGAAACCAGCAUACUCCUUCCACGUUACGGCUGACGGACAAAUGCAACCUGUCCCUUUUCCCCCUGACGCCCUCAUUGGACCUGGGAUUCCCCGACAUGCUCGGCAGAUCAAUACCCUCAACCACGGGGAGGUGGUGUGUGCAGUGACCAUCAGCAACCCCACAAGGCACGUGUACACAGGUGGCAAGGGCUGCGUUAAGGUCUGGGACAUCAGCCACCCUGGCAACAAGAGCCCCGUCUCUCAGCUGGACUGUCUGAACAGAGAUAACUACAUCCGUUCCUGUAAAUUGCUACCUGAUGGCUGUACUCUCAUAGUGGGAGGGGAAGCCAGUACUCUAUCCAUCUGGGACCUGGCAGCUCCAACUCCCCGAAUUAAGGCAGAGCUGACAUCCUCAGCCCCUGCCUGCUAUGCUCUGGCCAUCAGCCCUGACUCCAAGGUCUGCUUCUCAUGCUGCAGUGACGGCAACAUCGCAGUAUGGGACCUGCACAACCAGACCCUGGUGAGGCAAUUCCAGGGCCACACAGACGGAGCCAGCUGUAUUGACAUUUCUAAUGAUGGCACCAAGCUCUGGACAGGCGGUUUAGACAACACUGUGAGGUCCUGGGACCUGAGAGAAGGACGGCAGCUGCAGCAGCACGAUUUCACUUCACAGAUCUUCUCCUUGGGAUACUGCCCAACUGGGGAGUGGCUUGCCGUGGGCAUGGAAAGCAGCAACGUGGAAGUUCUGCAUGUGAACAAGCCUGACAAAUACCAGCUUCACCUCCACGAGAGUUGUGUGCUGUCCCUAAAAUUUGCUUAUUGUGGCAAGUGGUUUGUGAGUACUGGAAAAGACAACCUCCUAAAUGCCUGGCGGACACCAUAUGGAGCCAGCAUAUUCCAGUCCAAAGAAUCUUCAUCAGUGCUUAGCUGUGACAUCUCUGUGGAUGAUAAAUACAUAGUCACUGGCUCAGGGGACAAAAAGGCUACCGUUUAUGAGGUCAUCUACUGAGAAUACCAUGGCUUCAUAUUUACAGUUGAAUUGGGCCAAAUGUUUGGAAUUUGUAGAAAUAGAACUUAUAAUUUAAAAAGAACAAAAACAACAUCAAAAAAACUGAAGAAACCUGUUUCCAAAUCUUGACACAGAACUGCUUUGCGUCUACAAAAAGAAGGCACCAAGUCUAUCAGUAGACAGUCACCUGUCUAACUUUGGACACCACAAUCACACCGAGGCCACAGGUGUGGAAUAGAGGAGCAAGCUGCUGUCUGCCAGUCCUGCCUUUGCCAACUGUGAGCUUACUGUUCUGUUUCUUGCAGUUCAAUUCACCUUGAGUCCUUUGUAGAGCAGUGGUGUCUCCAAUGAACUUGUUUCUUGGUUUUGCAUCUUGUGAUUUUUUUUUCUUUUUGUAUUUUUGUUGUUUCAACAUUUGUAUAAAUUGUAAAUAUAUUUGGUUUAUUACAGUAAAACCUUUAGUACCAGUAA